AGGUACAAAACUGUGCUGGAGGAUGAAGAAGCUGAUUGUUUUGCUUUAUUUAUUGCCAGCGGUCACAGAGUCUUUUCAUGCCUAUACUCCCCAAGAUGAGGUGGUUGCACAUCUCUAUACAGAUGUUCAGUUGUCUUGUUUCUUCAGUCUGUCUAAAGAAGAUCCCACUCUGAAACAUGUCAUUGUAUUCUGGAAACACAAUGGUGUUGAGAUAGCAAGAUUUAUAGAUAAGAAAGUGACCAACAGUCACAUGGGAUUACUAAAAGAAAAUGAUCUGCGCAACGGAAACGCAUCGCUGCACCUCAGAAAUAUCACAGUGGAAUAUGAAGGGGAAUACGAAUGGCUAGUGUAUGAAACUCCAUUACAACAUCAAGGCAAAGUGCAGCUUAAAGUAUUAGGUUCCCCAACUGUCUCCCUAAUGCCUCCUCUCUUGGUGAUGAACUAUUCAGGCACACUGGAGUGCCGAGCUGAAGGCUUCUAUCCUAGAAACAUCUCUAUUGAGUGGCUGAGAAACUCUGAGCCUAUUGAUUUGCAGGAGCCCCUGGAUUACCACAACAAUCCCGAUGGCACCUUCAGUACCAAGAGGCGCUACAACUACACAUCAACUGAUGAGGACAUUGGAACAAAUGUCUCAUGUAAAGUGACCCAUGAGUCCUUGAAAAAAGACCUUGUGGAGCAUCUUCAUACCUGUAGAAUUGUCUCUGACCCCUGGCAACACUGA